AAUUAAUAAUGGCAACAAUAAACAAAGAAUAGGUCGACAUGGAUAAUCCAGCAUUUGCCUAACAAGAUCCACAUUUGAAAAUAAAUGACGAUGAAGAUAUAGGUGUAUCACCUUUAAUGAGAAAUCGUUACCCAAGAAGACCUCCACUUUUUGAUGGUUUAUUGAAUAAUGUUAGGGCUGUUACAAAAAAAGUAGAACAUAUCAAAGGAUUUAAAUUUGAAGUAGCAGGAGGAUUAUCAAAUAAUUUUCAUUUAGCUCAUUCUUGGUUGAUUCCACCAUCUGUAUAUUAAUUAUAUCUAAAAUUUAGAAUAAAGGAAAGGCUCCUAAUCCUAAUCCUAUGAAAUAGCCUGCAGUUCCAAGUUACACUUUAGCAGCAUAAUAUUUAGGAGGAUAGCUUAGAACUCCAUAUGAUCAACCAUCAUAUAUAAUGACAGGUAGAUGGGAUUCUAGUGGUAAAUUAGAAGCUGCCAUUAUCAAAAAAUUAAAUGAAAUGUUCAAUCUUAGGUAUUGUGUUAUAAUUCUAUUAUUCAAAUAGAUUCAGUGCUUUCUAUUUAGAUUCUAAUCCUACCAAUUCAUAAGUACAUUUUGAUUGUGACAUUUCUGGAGAAGAUUAUGUACAUUCUAUCAAAUUAGGAACUGGAUUAUAUAGUUUUAACAUGAUGUAAACUAUUGGAAAGAGAUUGGUUUUAGGAUAUGAAAUGAUGACAUUGGUAUUUAAAUUAAAAUACAUAAGACUGAAAGAAAUAUGUCUUUAAUGAGUUAUGCAAUGAAAUUCGGAAUCAGUUAAAGGUAGAAUUUGUUUGCCUAAUAUGUUGGAGCUGCUGAUUAAUUGAUUUUAGCAUAUAAUCAUAGAGUAUAUAUUUAUUAUAUAAUUUAGCUUUUGGACAAAGCAUACUUUAUGUCUGAACUUGAAUAUUCUAAUUAGACAGGAGAAUCCAAAACUAUUCUUGUAAUAGAAUUUAUUUAAUCUUUUUAAGGGUUAUAGAUAAAAGUUUGCCAUUUCAGAAGUCAUCGUAACUAUCAAUUCUAAAAUGAAGUUCAGCUCUGCUUUAACAUUGUAAGGAUUUGCUUAUCAAUUAAAAUUAUGUGCAAUCGCAGAUUACCGUAAAGAUUCCUAUAAGUUUGGUUAUGGUAUUGCAAUGGGUUAAGUUUGAUAACUAAUUUAUAAAAAAU